CCCAUCACAUCCUCUGCCGACCUUUCCUUAUCCCUCACACUCCCCCCCGGAGCCUACAAUGAAGAUCUCUCUUGCCGCCGUGGCGGCUUGGGGCCUUAUGGCUCAGACCGCCACCGCGCAUUACGUCUACAGUAUCCUGCAGAUCAACGGCCAGGACACCCGUGACUGGCAGUACGUCCGCCAGAACUCCAACAACAUCCAGCCCCAGAAGGAGUUCCUCCAGCCCAGCGACGACUUCCGCUGCAACUCCGGCUCCUUCGCCAAUGCCGGCCGCACCGAGGUCGCCCGUGUCUCCCCCGGCACGCGGGUCGGCUUUAAGCUCUGGAACCGCGGUACCAUCAUCCACCCCGGUCCCAUGACCAUUCAUAUGUCCCGCGCCCCGGGUGACGUUCGCCAGUACCGUGGCGACGGCCAGUGGUUUAAGGUCUACGAGGAUAUUAUCUGCGGUCCUAUGAACCCCCUCCGCGAUACCGAUUGGUGUAGCUGGGGCAGGGCUAAUGUCGAGUUUACCCUCCCCGCCGAUACCCCGCCCGGCCAGUACCUCGUCCGCGUUGAGCACAUCGCUAUCCACGGCGCCCAGUCCGGCGACACCGAGUUCUACUUCACCUGCGCCCAGAUCGAGGUUACCGGUAACGGUAACGGCAACCCCGGCCCUCUCGUCCGCAUUCCCGGCCUGUACAACCCCAACGACCCCGCCCUGCGUUUCUUCAUCUACGGUGCCCGCGAGUACCCUUACAAUCAGGUCGGCUCCCACGGCGUCUGGCGCGGUGGCGGUGGCGGCAGCCCUGCUCCCGGCCCCUCUCCUCCCCCUUCGGGCGGCGGCUCUGCUAUAUGGGAGCAGUGCGGCGGCAACGGCUGGGACGGCCCGCGGACUUGCCGUGAAGGUACUUGCCGAGUUGUCAACGAGUGGUACCAUCAGUGCCAACCCUAAGCUGUGAGCACAUGCAGGAAAACGACAGUGUAUGUGGGAAGAGAAACAUGAUCUCUUGCCACAUACACAUACACUCACGCAGGAGGCAGGAAGUGGGAGGUGGGAGAUAGGAAGCAGUGGGAUUGGACGGCAUUCGAUUCGAGGAGAAUAUAUUUGAUGGCUGGGCCGAGCUUGGAGAUGCGAACCAUCAAUGUGGAUUCCUGUACAUAGGUAGUCAAUGAAGAAAUGAAGGAAACAUG